UAAAAUUAGAACCAAUUAAGUGAACUAUAAUCCCGAAAAUUAUGCAAAAAAAAAAUCAGUUUCUUCCCCAAAUAUCAGUUUUUCCAUUUUGAGUUUCACCAUUAACGCUAAUUAGGGCUUUGAAAUUAGUGGACUACAAACCCUAAAAUCGAAAAUGGAGGCCAAAAUCAACCGAUUAUUUGGGCCAAUUGUUACAUUCAUCAAUGGAGGGGACCAACUUCCUUGGACCUCACCUGACAUUGUUGUUGGCUGCGAGAGAGAAGUUGCAGAUGCUAACAAAGGUGCCUCUGAUGAAGGACAGAAUGAGAGUAUUAUGAGAUUGUCAUGGGCUCUUGUUCAUUCUAAACAACCUGAAGAUGUGCAACGAGGGAUAGCUAUGCUUGAGGCUUCACUUGCCAACGCCAGUAGUCCACUACAGCAGCGAGAAAAGCUUUAUCUUUUAGCUGUUGGAUAUUACAGAAGUGGGGAAUAUUCAAGGAGCAGAGAGCUUACAGUUCAAUGUCUCGAGAUUGCACCUGAUUGGAGACAAGCUUUAUCGCUUAAGAAGGCUAUUGAAGAUAGAAUUACUAAAGAUGGUGUCAUUGGUAUAGGAAUCACUGUGACCACUAUAGGACUCAUUGCUGGUGGGAUUAUAGCAUCGUUUGUACGAAGAAAAUGAUCUUCAGUAAAACAACUAUCUGAGGUUAUUGACACAAAAACCCGAGUUUCUAUUGACAAAAAGAAGAUGAACGAACCAUAUUAGUUUGUUUCUUUUCCAUUUCCUUGCCUCCUUCUCUUCGACUCGUUUAAAGGGAGUCAGUAAAUGUUAUAUAGAAUAAUGACAGACCAUAUGGCUGAAAUUCUUGUGAUUUACUGCUCGUUUGGUUAAAGACUCACUUUGGAAUUACUAGUUAUAUGAAAUGUCAUGUAAAUUUUGCUU